UAGUGUUUGUGAAAAGGAUAGUGGAAAACUGAAACAUAUAAUUAUAGAGAGGAGAAAAAAAGGUAAGAAAAGUUUGGUCAAUAUUAUCGCGUUGGUAAUGGUUUGGAAAACAGAGGUUGAAGAUGACAAGGUCCGAAGGUUACGUGAUAUUUCUAAGAAAAGCUUUGGUGGAUGUCCAUAUUCUGACUCCUCCAAUUCCCCCACCCCCCCUCAAACUCCUCUUCCUUCCCAUUUUUCUCUCCCUCUCUCUCUCUCUCUCUCUCCAAUUCCAGGCCAUAGAGAGAGAGAAGACUCAUAAACAGAGACACUUCCAAAUGGCUUCUUCAUCCGUGGAUCAACAACAUUUCCAAUCCCAAUCCAAGCCCACCGACCCACCUCCCCCGCUUCCCCCCUCCGCCGGAAACAACCCUCCUCCCAUCUACCCCCCUCCCACCCUGGGGUAUCCUCCUCACGCCCAUGGCUACCCUCCAGCCAUGGGGUAUCCUCCAGCGCCACAUCCAGGGUACCCUCCGGCCCCAGGGAAUUACCCCCCUUACAACGCCUACGCCUACACCCAGGCCCCUCCCGCCGCUUAUUACAACAGCAACAACAACAACAACAACAAUCCCCAAUACUACCGACAGGAGACGGCAGGCGCAGGAUUCCUCCGCGGCAUUUUUGCGGCGUUGCUCCUUUUGGUGGUUAUAAUGACCAUGUCCAGCAUUAUCACCUGGAUCAUCCUCCGCCCCGAAAUCCCAAAUUUCAAAGUGGAUUCCUUCUCCGUCGCCAAUUUCAACAUCUCCAAAUCCAACUACUCCGGGAUCUGGGACGUGAAAGUGACGGUCCAAAAUCCCAACCACAAACUCAACCUGCAUUUCGAGCGGAUCCGGAGUUUCGUGGACUACAGUGACAACACGGUGGCAACCUCCUUCUCCGACCCUUUCUUUCUGGACAUGGAGAAAAGCAAGCAAAUGCUGGUUAAAAUGACCUCCAGUAGCCCGGAUGACCCCGGAAAUUGGGUGCAAACGGAGGAGAAGCUCGAGCGGGAGAGGGCCACUGGAACGGUUAGUUUCACCUUGAGAUUACUUGCGUGGACCACUUUCCGCUCUGGUUCCGGGUCUGGGUGGACCAGGCGCGUUAUUCUCAGAGUGUUCUGUGAGGAUUUGAAGCUGGUCUUCACCGGACACACCACUGAUGGCGUCUACUCCCCCGGCGCCCACCCCAAGACUUGUAAGGUUCUCGUCUAGAAUAUUCCUCGGUGAAAUGUGUGUGUUCUUCUUCUUUUUCUUUGCUUCUUUUUAGAAUUUUUUAUGUCUGUUUCCCCUUCUCUAACGAGCCUUCUUGGGUUUGGAUUGUAUAUAAUAUAGGUUCGUAACACAACAAUUGCCCCCAAAACUUCCAUUCUUUCAUUUCUAGCUUUCACAUUUCAUUGCUUUCAUUAACAACUUUGUACCCCCACCUUCCAUUCCAAUUACAAAACACUAUA